AUGAUCUUCCACAAGCAACUCCGAAUGUUCAUGAUGCGGCGCACCCGACGCCGCCCCCGCCGUACCCCGACUCCGCUCCGACCCCCACUCCGAUUACGCUUCGCUGCCUCUGGGGCGAAGGCUGCCCAAGGCGGAAGAGCGCGCGCCGGGGGCGGAGCUCCCCGAGCGGGUGGGGCGGGGCGGGAGGGGGCGGGCGGAGUGGCUCCGCAGAGGGGCCCGGCGGGAACCAACAGCCGCCGCGGCUGGAGCUCCGCUCGGGCGGGAGGUGGGGUCCUCCUUGUCCCCGAAGACCCCGCCAGUCCUCCGUUCCCUGGAGCCGCGGCCGCCUUCAGUGCGCGCAGCCCCUGGAUAUUAAGGUUCACGCGGGUGCCAGCCGGAGCCAGAAGAAGUGGCGACAGUCCCCACCCAUCAUCUCUCCCCGAGGCAGAGCCGGGGCCACCGAAGCCGAAGUUCGGUUGGAGAGCGAUCGGGGCCCUGAGACGCCAGGACGGACGCCACGGGAGCGGGGCCGCUGGAGCCCAGUGGCUGCCGGCCCAAGGGAAGACGCACAGGAGUCAUCGCGAGGAGCAAACUUUGGAGCUCUCAGCCUCGGGCCUCGGAGAGGCGCCGCUCAGGGUCGGGCGCUUCUGCGGCACCCCCCACACGGGUGUCUCCUCCACUUCUAGAAGGAAACGUCUUCUUCCUUCCAUUACGCCUGACCACAGUCCCCUCCCAGCCCCACCUACCCGGGACUACGUGGUGGGGGCUCGCUUGAGCACCCGAUGGCCCGAUGGCCCGUGCAGCGUUGAGACCAGGGCGAGCAGCGGGGCCUAUCGACUUUCGUUCGUGGGAAGAGGGUUGCGAGCUCAGGAGACGGUGAAAACAGCGCGGCUCCCAAACCGCCCGACCUGGGGACCGGCUUCGCAGCGACCAGGGUAGGGCAGGCUCCACAUGCUUGGGAGACCUGCGAGGAAGUAGGGGACGCUUCCAGGUGUAUGGGAGCUAGCGCCCCUAUGUCAAAGUGUGUCCCGGGCUUCCGGGUCAGCGGGUCUGUUUCCCUGUCCGCGUGUGAGUUGUUUGUUGGGUUGAUGUGCCCCUCCGGGCAACAGUGGCUCUGGGUGCCCUACUACUUCCCAGAGCAACCAGCGCCCGUCCUGAGUCCUCCCCUCCGGGACGCACGAUCUGUGCGGGGACUGCCCUGGAGGGCUUGCCUUUAACCCCAGGGCCUGCAGCGGCGUGGCCUGGUUAGGGGACUGCAAACCCACUCCGAGCCCGCAGCGAGACUCUGGCAGGGAAGGAGGGCCUGAGAGGGUGCGAGCCUGCAUAGGUGUCUGGGACGCUGCGUACAGGGACUACGCUGUGGACAGCCCGGCCGACUGCCGCGGCGGCCUCCUUCCGACCAAUUACAUGAUGCCUGCAGGAGCAGCCAACCUCGGGAACCUGACGCCCCUCCGGAGCCCUGAAUUGGGGCAGGGCAGGAGGGAGAAGGGUACAGAGCUGUCCGAAUUUGGCCCCCUUAUUUCACACGCGCACGCGCGCACUUAGCCUUUCCGAUCCCGAAGCAGAGGUGGAACCGGUAACGCUCCUCUGGCCGGGUGCCCGAGGCCUCUGGAGCGGACCCGAGCCGGCCGAGUCCCACUCCAGCGGAGCGAGGAACCGGCGGGAGUCCUGGCCUUGCAGACGCUGAUUGCGGAUUCCUGGGGAACAGCGCCCUCUGGAGGAGCCGCGCAUCCACGCAGUCACAAACUGGACGCCGAGGUCCCCUUCCCCAUCUCCUUUUGCAAAGUCAUUCAGGGACUCAUAACCUCCAGACCCUUUUUUUGCGCAGGCUUACUUCCUUUCCCAAUCUGUACCUGUACCUCAGAACGCUGCUCACAUCCCGCCUCUUCCAGAAGGGAGCCUUCUCCAGAGCCCAACUAUCUUCCCCCUUUCCUGCUCUGAGUACCCCAGAGCCUAAAGCCUGAACCCUCAGUUCCAGCACUGCACAGCACAGCAGAACUGCUUCCAGCCUCGCCUUUCUCCAAAAAGACUGUUAAUUCAUCCAUUCCACUCACCCUUUACGUGGGUGUGCUGUUGUUGUUCUCCUCCCCCUCCCAGUAAAAUAAGACUGAAGUUUA